AUGAACAUUCAUACUUUUGUCCCACGUCGAGAUCCAGGCCUUCCAUCAACAAUGAAAACCAUUUUGCGUCGUCUUCUCACACUGGGAGUAUCGGGCGUCAGCCUGGCCGGGGUCGGGCAGAAGGAAGUUGAGGUGCUACGAUUCUAUGCACCCGGGGACGUGACGACAGACUCGCUGCACAAUAUCCACGUCGACUUCCUGGACAGGCACUUUGAAGGUCCGCUGCAACUUGUGUAUGGUGAAUGCAGCAUACAGACCCCAGCACAGGGUCACCAUGACAUUGGGAGCAUGUUCGUCCCGCGAGAGGCCCAGCCAGAACGCUUCGUCUGGGUCACUCCCUCCGACGCACCCCAUUCACACUGCCUCCAUGCAUUCUCCGGCUCUACGCUCGUUGGCCGCUCCUCACCCAUCACAGUGUCGUCGCCUGUCACUAAGCGCGAGAGCAUCGCGGACGUGGCAGACACCAUGGGUCCGUGGUUUGACGGGGUCGCGUACAUGAAAUCUACGAAUAACAGCGCGGCGUUCGUCGCGAAAGCGAAGAACUCGUCCAUCGCGAUCCUCGGCGGCGGCAUUUCCGGGCUAAUGACGAGCCUGCUGCUCGAGUCAGUUGGGAUCCACAACUGGCACAUCAUCGAAUCGUCAGGACGGGUGGGCGGCCGUAUCCGCACCAAGUAUCUGAACAAUACCCGCCCCGACCAGUACCAGUAUCAGGAAAUGGGGCCAAUGCGAUUCCCAGUCAAUAUCACGUACGCCGACACGAACGAGACACUCGAGAUUCAGGACCACCGCAUGGUAUUCCAGCUAGCGGACGUCCUUAACCAGAUGAACGCUGGCAGACCGGAUCUCCAGCUUAAAUUUAUUCCCUGGAUCCAGAGCAGCCCUAACGUCCCUGCGGACUCGGGAGGUAGCCGUCUACCGAACGGACAGAUCCCCACCGCCGCGCAAGUCGCCGCCAACCCGUCGCUCGUCCACAAACCCGCUUCAUCCAAUGCCACCGCUGUUGGAGACGCAAAGGCGGCGUACGAGAGCUUCACAACGUUUAACCAGCGGGAAACAAUCCGCAAGAUCGCGACUAACAUGUACCAAGCCCACAAGGAGGCCAUCGAGACCGGCAAACUGCACUGGUCUGAGGCCGGAUACUUGCGGUAUGCGCUGGGGUAUGACGCCAACAUCACGGACUACGUCGCUGGAAUCGCCGAAUCGACCCGCUCCAUCGCUGGAAAGACCAUCACCCCGAUCUGGGGCAAUCUCUUCGACGACGUCUACUUUGCUGCAACCAAGUGGCUCACCAUUGAUAAAGGCCUCGAGUCUCUGUCGCGUGCAUUUUAUCCUCAUGUCGCCGCGAAGACGACGUUCAACCGCACGGUAGAAGGAUUGUCGUACAACCAGACGUCAGGCAAAAUCGAUGUUACAUGGCGGGAUGACCCCCUGCAAACGGCUCCAGGGAUGAAAGAGUACGACUAUGCAGUGGUGACCGCGCCGUUUAGCAAGGUGAGGCUGUGGAAUCUACCACGGUAUUCAUCUCUGCUUCGCCGCGCGAUCUUAUCACUGAACUACGAGCAAGCCUGCAAGGUGGGACUGCUCUACAAAACCCGGUUCUGGGAGCAUCUGGACAACCCAAUCUUCGGCGGCUGCGGCACCGUCGACCUCACAGGCGUCGGCACCGUCUGCUACCCGUCAUAUAACCUAAACGGCACUGGGCCAGGCGUCAUCCAGGCCUCGUAUGUCGUUGGCAUGCCGGCACGCUCCACCGCUGCCCUCAGCCGCGAGGAGUAUGUCGCGCUCGUCCAGCGCGCUAUGGUCGAAGUGCAUGGCGAGAUCGCUGCAGAACAGUUCACCGGCAUCUACGAUCGCCAAUGCUGGGAGUUCGACCGGCACGAGGCGGGCGCAUGGGCAAGCCCGCUAGUGGGACAGCAGGAGCUAUAUCUGCCGGCUUACUUUCAGACGGAAUUCAAGACCAUUUUCGUUGGCGACCACACGAGCUACACUUAUUCGUGGAUUUCUUCGGCCCUCGACUCGACCGUCCGUGGUACCACGCAGCUACUACUUGACCUAGGCUUGGUAGAUGAAGCUAAGUCAAUUGUGAACACCUGGAUGGGCCGGUGGAUCAAGCUAUGA